UGAUUAAAUCAUCUCGGGCAGUUAUUUAGGAAUUUGAUGGACUUUGUUCACCAUUUUCACACAUUUAAUAGAUUAGAUGAUUUGUCUUGAAUUAAGACUUAAUUAUCGAUAAUGAAAACAAUAGCCGCAGCCCUUGGUGUUAGUCAUUUUCACCCAACCUGCCGUGUAGGAUUUAAUGUUAAACGUUACGAUGAUGUUCACAUGGUGAAACAUCUUCGGGCGUCGUGGCCUCGUCAGUUUUUUGCUUUUGCUGCAGGUCGUUAUUUCCGUUUACAACCAGGUCAGAGUCAAAACCUGGAUUAUUGAUCGUGACCGGUUUCCUGCGGCUGUCUGUAAACUCUGUAAUAUUUGCUGAAACCUGUCGAUUUGUUUUGCUUUCAUGCGAUUAAAGCAGGUAGACAAGAGUUUCCCUGAGCUCUGUAUGUUCAGGUAGGACAGGAUUAGUCAUCCUGGGAUGGUGCAGUCCUCCUGCUGUUCUCUGGUCUACCUGAGAACCUGAACCUGAACCUGCCCAGCUAAGUCAUAAAAGUGAAAAUCGAUACAGGAACUUGUCUAAGAGUGUCGUCCGUGGUUGUUUGAGACGUGGGAGGAGCGGAAAAGUCUUUACCCUCGGCCAAAAUGAAGAGGGAGGAUCACCCGAGGUUGGUUUCUGGCAGCCGACUGUCCACUGUGAAGCAGGAUGAACGGAUAUGAAGCUCCAGCUCUCGCCUCCGGCAUCUUCGGCUCCUACAGCUCACAGAUCAAUGGCCAUGGCUCUCAGUCUCCUGAGCCUCCUAAAAAUAAAGCCAAGUCCAGUGCCAAAGCUCUCUACGAACAAAGAAAACAUUACACCAAAAACAGCAUCAACAGCCUGACGGACACGUCGCAGUACCACGUGGAGCACCUGACCACGUUCGUGUUGGACCGGAAGGACGGGAUGAUCACAGUGGACGAUGGGAUCAGACGUCUCCGUCUGUUGGACGCUAAAGGGAAAAUCUGGACUCAGGAGAUGCUGCUGCAGGUGGAGGAGAAAGCUGUGAGCCUCAUCGACCAUGAGACCAAGAACGAGUUGGAGAACUUCCCCAUCGGGACGGUCCAGCACUGCCAGGCGGUGAUGAACACCUGCGGCUACGACUCCAUCCUGGCUCUGGUGUGUAAAGAGCCGGGUCAGGCUAAACCAGACCUCCACCUGUUCCAGUGUGACGACAUCAAGGCGAAUCUGAUCCACGCUGACAUAGAAAGUGCCAUGACCGAUGCCAAAGGAGGCAAAGUGAAGAAGAGACCAGAGGCUCUGAAGAUGAUCCUGAAGAGCGACGGGAUCAUCCCCCCUCCCCCCCCUGCUCCCGCCCCCGAACCCCCGGAAUCGUCCGGUCAGGUGGACGUAAAGAGCCGCGUGGCCGCCUGGUCGGCCUGGACCAAUGAGCAGCAAGACUCAGAUGAGAAGCAGCGACAGGCAUCGGAGGAGGACGGGCCGGUGGAGAUGACGGCAGCCAGAGUGGACAGAGACGUGCAAAUCCUCAACCACAUCCUGGACGACAUCGAGUUCUUCGUCACCAAACUUCAAAAGGCUGCCGAGGCCUUCAACGAGCUCUCCAAGAGGAAGAAGACCAAGAAGGGCAAGAAGAAAGGCCCGGGAGAGGGCGUCCUGACUCUGCGCUCCAGACCCCCCGGCGAGGACGAGUUUGUCGACUGUCUGCAGAAGUUCAAACACGCCUUCAACCAGCUGGGGAAGCUGAAGGAUCACAUCCAGAACCCCAGCGCUGUGGACCUGGUUCAUUUCCUCUUCACUCCUCUGAGGAUGGUGAUCCAGGCGUCGGGCAGCGUGGAUCUGGCUCGCAGCGUUGUGGUUCCUCUGCUGACCCGGGAGGCCAUCGACUUCCUCCACUCCUCAGGAACGGCAGAGGAGAGACACCUGUGGGUUGCCCUGGGAGACGGAUGGACCAAAUGCAGGUUGGAGUGGCCGAAGGAUCAUUACUUUCCUCCCUGUGCGGUGAAGUUUCGUGACGGCUGGGAGCCUCCGGCGUUGCCGGCGGCGACUCCGAGUCGAGAGCAGGAGCUGACUCAGCUGGCCGAGAGUCUCGCCGACGCCGAGAUCCAGAGACGAGAGGAGCUGAAGAUCAGACUGGCCCAGGAGCAGUCGGCGGCGCAGAAGUUCCCUCCCGCGGACGGGUACGCCUUCCCCAACAGCUCCUACAGCCGCAUGCAGUUCCUGGACCAGGACACGGCCAUGGCCGCGUUUCAGCAUGCCGCCAGCCGCCGUGUAGACCGAAGUUUUGAUGCCGACAGCAGAGGCCAAACAAAACUGUUUGCCAAAUCCAAAUAUGACUUUGUGGCAAGAAACAGCACGGAGCUGUCUGUUCUCAAAGACGAGGUCGUCGAGGUUCUUGACGACAGGAAGCAGUGGUGGAAGGUGCGUAACGGCUGCGAGGCGUCCGGCUACGUGCCCAACAACAUCCUGGAGGUCACCAAAGCCGUGGACGUCACCGGCCGCGGGGAGCCCAUCUACAGCCACACCAUACAGAAGCAGACCACGAGGACGGACUACAUCCCCGGUAAACCGCUGGUGACUCCGAUGCCUCUGGCCCCCACGCCGCCCCCCCCGGCCCCCGCCCGGCUCCCCACGCCGCCGCUGCCUCCCCCGGCCGCCGGCAGCAUCGGCACGGUCAGCCGCCAGAACAGCACCGCGUCCAGCGACAACGGCAGCGUCACCAUGAGGGACCACGGCAACCAGAGACCUGCACCCGCCAACCGCAGGAAAUCGAACAUGGAGGAGGUUCAGGACGAGCUGAUGCACAGACUGACUUUGGGCCGCAGCGCUCAGAAGAAGUUUCAGGUUCCCCCUCGCGGCGGCGGCGGCGGCCUGCCGUCCGUCAGCAUCACCUACGACUCCUCACCUGACGAGGUCAAAGCCUGGUUGGAGGCCAAAGGCUUCAGCCCAGUCACCAUCACCAGCCUCGGCGUCCUGACCGGAGCGCAGCUGUUUUCUCUCAACAAAGAGGAGCUGAAGACGGUUUGUCCCGACGACGGCGCUCGGGUCUACAGUCAGGUCACCGUCCAGAAGGCCGCGCUGGAGAAGAGUUCAGGCUCUGAGCUCCAGGAGAUCAUGAGGAGGCGGCAGGAGAAACUGGCAGCCAGCACCUGUGAUUCAGGGGUGGAGUCUUUUGACGAAGGCAGCACCCACUGAGCUCCUCGAGGCUUCUUCCCUUCCUUCCGUCCUCCUUUGCUUUCUUUUUUUUUUUUCUUUUUUUCAAACUGCAGCCUGCUGUUUUCUCGCACUCUCGAUCCUCAGGCGGCGACUGAUCACGCCGAGUUUGUGGAGAUCAUGCGACGCAGGCAGGAACUCCUCAGCUCGUCUCCGUAGAAAAUAAAAGCCGGCCGAUGUUUGGACCAUCCGCUAUGUUCAAGAGAGAAUAUCCUGCCACGUUUGCCUGAAUUUCAUGUGAACACUUUUGGGACUCCGGAUGCUGUUUUCUCUUCUCGAGCGGAAGAGUUUAUACGACACGCGUGUAAACGUGAAGGAAGCCGCUCAGUAGCUCAUCUUCCAAAGCGAAGCCUCUCAGUAUUAACGUCAGGAGAAGGGCUGCUGGGUCGUCGGCUCCAGUUUGGGCCUCUCACGUAUCGUUACGCUGGAGUUUUCCCGAAAGAGAGAACCCCGGCAGCAAAACUCACCACUGUUUCAAAAGAAUGUCCACAGUCUUGAGACUCUUCUAACCGUCGGCAAAAAGAAAAAUAAGUUUUGUUACCAACGUGCAUCAUAUUUAACUCGUGAGCUCGAGAUAUUUAAGUAGCAGUCGUUCUCAAAAUGUAAAAUAACAUUUAUCUAGAGAAAUAUACCUUAGAAAACAUCAAGAUAAUUUGUCCUACAACCAAGAUACCGUCGUAACUUGUUUGUAGGAAGGACAGCAUGGACACAAAAGAUAAUUAGUGUGUAAAGGCUGUUACAUACUGUAUCAUCUUGUGUGUAUCAGGCACCAUAGAGUCUUUGACGUUUCUGAAAACACCUUUAACAUUGUGCUAAGUGUUCUCAAGCGAACACCCGAGCUUUUCACAGAUGGUCACAGAUUCAUCUUUCAGAAAAGCAGAGGUUGAUCUCUGAGACUUAUACUUGAGGGACUCAAACUGGGGCAGGUAGUUAAUGAAUUUACUGUUCUAGGAAAUACAUUCAUAGAAUAAUAAAUAUAACUGUACAGUUCAGAUUUUUUUUUUGGCCUGAGAGAAUUACAAUAUUCAUAGUAUAUAAUCUUUUUAUUUUAUGGUUAUACCAGAAGUUUCAAUAACUUAAUAUAAUUAAUGGAAGAACUGAUCAACUGAAAAAGCAAAGGAAAUGAAAACUUGUUCCCUGAAAUGCACAAGAAUUUUAUAAUGAUUUCUAAUUAAUGAGCAUCAUGUGCUUUAGUUAAUGAAACGAUCACAAAGAAACAAUUACUGAAGGUGAUAUUAGAUCUGGUGAUCGGCAUCUUUGCACAAUAAUCAAUAAAAUGUAGAUGUUUCUGUGUGUGGAUGUAAAAUGACUCAGAAUCAGUUUAGUGUUGUUUAAUGGCUGUAGGCUGCUUCACGAACUCUCAGACACCGAGUCUUUUUCUUGACGAGGUCGGGUGUCGUCCAAACACUGAAACGAAUGUCUGUCCGCUGACUCAGCGAUGCUCCCGCUUCACAUGAUGAAUGAUGAAUGUGUUUUCUACAGGCUCCGCCCACAGCACCAGGUAGCCUCGCGUUUGGGGGAAAAUUAAAAAAAAAAGAAAAAAAAGUCCCGUUAGUCAUCUUACGUCAUCACGUCACCGGGUUGUUGAUUAAAACAGGAAGCGGCAAACCUGUCACCUGUGGGCAGAGUGAGUGUUAAACGCGCACCUGGGUGAUUCGUGACCACGUCCGGAUGAACUGUUCUCGGUUGUUGUUUCUUCAAAUGUUGCUGUUUAUCUGGGCUACAGAACAUUAGCGAGUCCAACUCGAGCUCCGUGCUACUACUGACGGUCACUGUUGUCUACAAUAGCUGCUGUAACUCGGCUCUUUGGUCAUUUGCACUUGUCUGACGCCGUUUAUUUCCCGCCUCAUCACUCGCCGAUUCCCUGAGUUGGUAUUUUCAUCGCUCCUGGUGUAAUAACUUGUUUGAAGGGAAAAGCAAAAUUAAACACGAAGAAAUUUGAUAGUUACUCUCAGACUUGGUUCUUGAGCAACGAUUGUUCUCGGGUGUAACUUUCACACACACACAUGCGGAAUUUCGAUUUAGACCCGGUGCAACUUUUAGACUUGUUAAUGUUACAAACUUGAGUUUUCACUUCAGAAAAAUACCUAAAGGUCGAGUAUAAAUUUAUCUUGUAGUUAGCAGAACCUCCUGCUCAACUGUUACACGCUUUGCAUCAAUUAAACCGACAGUGGGAAUAAUCGUUAGUUGCAGCCCUGCUGUGGAGAGCUGGAGUCAACAGUAAUAUAAAGCUAAUUGAAUACAUUAAUGCAGUAAGUUGACUAAUGGGACAAAAUACUAAAAAGUUGAGUGUUAAUGUCAUAAAUUCUCAAAUUUUGGCCCUAAUGUAAGAGUCAGAGAACCAAACUCAAUAAAUGAAUUCAGUAAAGCGUCUAUUUCCACAGCAGAGUAAUGUCGUACUCGCCACGCUGCUCAAAACACUUAAACACUACUGUUUUUGUUCACAGUUUAUUUUUAGUGAGUUCUACUUUGCCGUUUUUUCGAUCACUUGAGUUACUGUCAACACUGCCUGCCCAGAUGUUUCACAUUAAAAGUCCUCCAAGGUCUCAAAGGGCGUAAACCCUUCCUUUCCCGGUGGGCUUUUAAUAUGAAAAAGCUGCAGACAGCGUCGGGUUGUCAUUGAUCAGCACUGAUCAGAAAAAUGGCAAAGGGGAAGUUACUGGGAAAAAAAAAAAAGUGAAUGAAAAGUCAGAGCAGCAGAUUGCUGAGAAAUGACGUGACCCUGUUCCUGUAAAUGUACCAUGUGACCUGUUAUAGUAUCCCUCAGUUUUUUACCUGAUUUGUUUGUGCUGGCCACAAACUUUCUCACACUCUUCCAUUGUUUUGAAUGCUGACUCUUAUUUGAGAAUUUACAGUAAACUCUCUUCUUUGAACAUCUUCCUACAAAAGUCAGUGACCAAAAACCGUUGAUCCAUCAACACAAACUAGUAACUCCGUGACUGUUUUUGAUGAGUUUUCUACCGAGCAGCCUGAAACACCAGAUUAUCCACUUGCUGGAGAAACUGUUGUAUAUAGAAUGUGUGUGUAUAUGCUUGCAUAGAAAGAAUAUGUACAAAAAUCAGCCAGGACAUUCUCUACUCACUGUGGCAUUGAUUGUAUUGAUUUUGUUUUCCACUUAUGCACUUAAGUUUUUGGGCUGUUUUUAUUGGUCGAGCAUAAAUUGUGUGUGUGGGGCGGGGGGGGGGAUUAUAAAGGUUAUUGUCUGAACUGUAGCACAACACUGUAUUAAUACUAAUGAUUAACGCGGAGUAGUUGACAGUUUAUGUAUAAUCGCUGUUGUUAAUGAGAGCAGAGUAAAGUUGCUGUAUUUAGUGAACUGUCUUCGUACCCAAACAGUUCUAGAAGCCAAUCAGAAACGUUAUUGAGAAUUUCACUACAAAUAAGCAUUUGUAUGUUUAUAGUUUUCAUGGUGCCUUUUCCAUUUAAAUCAGCUCAUUCUGCAAUAAAACAUUUGCAAAAAUCA